GCUCCAAUUCACCUGGAGGAAACACACCUCUCAGGCUCUUUCUCCGUCGCUUCAUCGUCGGAUCCUCUCAUAUCGCACUCGCCUCCGCCGGGUUUUAACGAACUAUCAAACAAAAAGAGAUGAGGGAGAUCCUUCACGUACAAGGCGGGCAAUGCGGGAACCAGAUUGGAUCCAAGUUCUGGGAAGUGGUUUGCGAUGAGCACGGCAUGGAUCCCACCGGUCGUUACACGGGAAACUCCGAUCUCCAAUUGGAGCGCGUCAAUGUUUAUUACAACGAGGCUUCCACCGGAAGGUAUGUCCCGCGUGCCGUGCUCAUGGAUCUUGAACCGGGAACCAUGGAUAGUGUCAGAACCGGGCCUUAUGGACAGAUCUUUAGGCCCGAUAAUUUCGUGUUCGGUCAAUCGGGAGCUGGUAAUAAUUGGGCUAAGGGGCAUUACACCGAAGGAGCUGAGCUUAUUGAUGCUGUUCUUGAUGUUGUCAGAAAGGAAGCAGAGAAUUGUGACUGUCUCCAAGGUUUUCAAGUUUGCCACUCUCUGGGAGGUGGAACUGGUUCCGGUAUGGGGACCCUGCUGAUCUCAAAGAUCAGAGAAGAAUACCCUGAUCGAAUGAUGCUCACUUUCUCUGUCUUUCCGUCACCAAAGGUUUCGGAUACGGUGGUUGAGCCAUAUAAUGCUACUCUUUCUGUUCAUCAGCUCGUCGAAAACGCGGAUGAGUGCAUGGUGUUGGACAAUGAGGCAUUGUAUGAUAUCUGUUUCAGGACCCUCAAGCUAACGACCCCUAGCUUUGGUGAUUUGAACCAUCUGAUCUCUGCAACCAUGAGUGGUGUCACAUGCUGCCUUAGGUUCCCUGGCCAGCUCAAUUCCGACCUCCGGAAACUAGCUGUGAACCUCAUUCCUUUCCCUCGGCUCCACUUCUUUAUGGUUGGGUUUGCUCCGCUCACCUCAAGGGGAUCUCAGCAGUAUUGCGCGCUAACAGUCCCGGAGCUCACUCAACAGAUGUGGGAUGCGAAGAACAUGAUGUGUGCUGCGGACCCAAGACACGGUCGAUACCUCACGGCCUCAGCCAUGUUCAGGGGCAGGAUGAGCACCAAAGAGGUGGACGAGCAAAUGAAUAAUGUUCAAAACAAGAACUCGUCGUACUUUGUCGAGUGGAUUCCGAACAAUGUCAAGUCCAGUGUGUGUGAUAUUCCGCCCCAGGGGCUGUCCAUGGCAUCUACCUUCGUCGGCAACUCAACCUCCAUCCAGGAGAUGUUCAGACGAGUGAGCGAGCAGUUCACCGCUAUGUUCAGGAGGAAGGCUUUCUUGCACUGGUACACCGGUGAAGGAAUGGAUGAAAUGGAGUUCACCGAGGCCGAAAGCAACAUGAAUGACCUUGUAUCUGAAUAUCAACAAUACCAGGAUGCGACAGGUGACGAGGAACUUGAAUACGAGGAUGAAGACGAUGAAGGCUACGAGAUGUGAGAGAUCUAAAAGGUUGUAUGCCACUUUAAUAUGAGAAAAAUGCUUGUCUGUAUUUUGCUCUUCAUGUUGGCAUUCCAACCUUGUUAUAUUCGUUUUGAAUAAUGAAGAUUGGUUUGGUAGUAUUGA